GUGGUGCAGCUGAAAUAUGUCUGUGCAUCAACCUCAACAACAUCCACUUCAACAAAAACAACCAACAACUAACACCCACAAUCCUGAUAACUCAAACCCACACAGUCAGAGAAGGUAUUUGCACUCCUCUCAUGCUAUUAACAAAGUAGCUGGGCCAGAUAUUGUGUACGAUCUGCAGACACACCCUUUCCAUACUAAUGUACUCUCACACAUACUCACACACACCAGAGACAGGUGAGGCAAAGGGAGGGGAGACCUGUAUAGGCACGUCCCACCAGGGGUGGAUCCGAAACCACACACACAUACACACACACACUUGGGCUCAGAAGGAUGAUCUGCUGUGUGCACAUGCUCUCCAAAGGUCACUCUGGAUUUUUCAGCUCUAAGGAUGGACGGUGUCCUGGAGGCGACGAUCGCUCUGUGUGGAUGCAAAGUGCUCUGCAGCAUUCUGUGUCUUCCUGCUUUCAAAGACUCCAUCUCCUCUGUCAGCCUGUGUUGUGUUUCCCUCUUACUCUUCACUGAUCUCUCCAUCACCAUGUUCCUGGUGUACCUCUGGUCUGCUGCACCCAGACCGAUGUCUUUUCACCCGUCUUCAGAUGUCAUCGCCCUGCGCUUCAUGCUGUUCCUUAGCGACACGUAUGAGGCUGUGUUGAUGCUGACCCCGCUGCUGGUGGCUGUGGAAUUGCUGGCUCGUCUCUUAUGGGGUGGAGAGACUGUGACAGCAAUUACGGAUGAAAAAGAAGCUAAAGAGGACACGUUGCUUUUAAAGGACGUUGAUGGACAUACCUGGGAGACUGGACAACAACAGAAAGGAGAGGAGAAAGGGAACACUGCGGCAUUCUUAAAAGCUUUAGGUUUCCUUGGUUGCCUGAUGCUAUGGUUCAUGUGUGGGACAUACGCUGGGUCUAGUUGGAGGCAGGAGCAGGUGAUGGUGAGAUCCUGCCUGGAAAGAGGCAGCUUGCUCUCGACAUGCCUCCCCUGCCUCCUGACUGCUUCUUCACCAGUUAGCGGGCAACUAUUUUGGGCUCUACCUGCUGCUAUUCUCUUGCUAGCAUUCACUGCAGUUCUGAGCUUAAUCGUAGCAAAGCUGACCCCCAGAAUUGUUAAUCCAGAGCUGCUCGAACGCACAGAGAACUUUGAUGCUCUCAAACAAACGCAAACACAUCCACCCACGCCCGAGAGGACCUCUGUUUCUGCUGCGAGCAUCUCAGACAAUUGCAGUGUUGACUCAGAAAAGACAGCGAACAGCUGCGCCAUUCACAGCUCGCAUAAUAAGCGACGAUGGGCUCACGGAAAGCCAGAGCCAUUAUCCUGGAGAACAGAGCUGGCUGACAGCUGUAAAUUAAAAAGCGAGAGCGUCACGCUCGUCUUGCAAGUGCACUGCACAGCCCCGCACCCUCACAAGAGCCGGCUUUGGCAGACUGUGAGGGAAAGUCCUUGCCUGAGGGGAGAACUAAUGACAGGACUGCUGUGUGGGCUUCUGGUGUGUAUCUUUCCUACAGUUCUCAGCACCAACAUACUGCUCGUCAGCAACCUGGACACACUGGCUGUGUACGUUGUGAAACAUCUGCUCACUCCGCUGCACAGUAAAUGAGAGGUUAAGAGGGAUGCGUGUUCCCACAGCACACCUCAUGCCGAACAUUCCUACAUUCCAAGGUUAUUUGUAAAAUUGGAAAUCCUGGAUGGGUUCAAGCGCACACACGAAUGAGCACUGACUGUUUUCUCAACUGAUGUAUUUUGAUCAUGAAUUCAUCUUCAGUAACUGUUUUCUCCUGGUCAGAGUUACUGUGGAACCCGGGAAUACUGGGCACAAGGCAGGAAAUCGUUUAGGUUAGGGGGAUAUUUAGUUUCGCCAGUUCAUAUGAUGGCAAGUGAAGGAAACUGGAGGACCCUGAGGAAACCCACACGGAGAACAGUUUAUCCGGGUCAGGCUGGUGGUGCUUCCAGAGUCCAUCCAAGGAACUCUGCGUGAGAAGCGGGAAUACACAUUGAAUGGGAAGGCCAGUACAUCACAGGGCACAAUGCACACACACACUCACACCUAGAGGCAAUUUAGCAUAGCCAAUUCACCUACCGGCAUGUUUUUGGGAGGAAACUGGAAAACCUGGAGGAAAGCCAUAUGGAUACAUAAAGAACAUGGACAGAAACUCCACACAGAAAAUAACCCAAACUCAGGAUCGAGCCCCAAACUGUGGAGCUGUGAGACAACAAUAUGUGCACAAGGGCUUUUGCUGGGGAUUGUUUAUAGUGCGUAGUUCUGAUAUUGUCUGAUUGAGUAGUUAUGUUAAACCAUGUUCUUUGGAUUUGUAAUGUUCAAUAAAUAAUGCAAGCCUUUAUUAAAUGAAUAACUGCAUGAGUACUAGAA